AUGGUGGAAGGAAGAGUAGAUGGGUGGCCACGGGGCAAGGAGGGCUUGGAAAUUCAGCCAGUACCCUUAACACUUAUGGAUAAAGAAAUGGGAACUAUGGAAAACUUGUGGCUUGCGACAGAAAGGAAUCCAACAGAUCUCCUGGCAGAUGAUGAACCAGAUGAUGGUGCCAAUCAUUACUUUAUAAUUUUGGAUUUCCACAACCCUCAGCUACUGCCUGUGCUGUCUGAGCUUGGGAUUAAUGUUUCAAGUGUAAUUAGGAUUUCUUCUGAGAAUUAUGAACCCCUGCAGAUAUACUUGGAAGAGGCUAAACUUCAAGAAGGAUCUUUACUUUCACUUGAAGUUGUAGAAGCAGAGAAAAGAAAGAGGGAUGAAGCUAUCAAAGACCUGGAAACAUUUUGGAAAUACUUGGAGCCUGUUCUGAACAGUGGAAAACAUGGAUCAAGUCUCUUUGAUGUUGCCAGACUUCAUCAUCUAGUUAAGGAGAACACCUUUCCCCCUGAUUGGUCUGACAGUGAAAUGCUGCUUGCAUUUGGCACUACGCUAUUUGAAAGCAUUGCUUGUUUAAUGUAUGACUGCCUGGAUUGGAAAAGACAGCAUUGUAACUACUUGGAAAACACCAAGUUUAUUAAUGUGCCUGCAUUAUCAAAGAGCAAAUUGGCACAAUCCCUUGCAAUGGAGGUAUAUCCAGCAUCACCGAUUUCAUCUUCAAAGAAAAAAGGGCAAGCAGAAGAAGUUCUGCCAACAGUAAUUUUGUCACAGGAGGAAGAAGUUUCUUUUCUGGCUGCUUAUGUCGACAUGCGGUAUUACAAUGACUUGCUGAGUCAAAUUCCUGAGGAAUGCAUUUCUGUGCCCUUAAUCCUGAACUGCAUGUUGGAACAGGUUACUGCAAGUGAAGAAGACCUUACACCACCUAGCCUGAUAGUACCACAGCCCCGGGCAGAUGGACUAGAUCAUACCAUUGCAGAUCAUAUAGCCUCUGUCCUUCCUUCUCUUCCGCUUUCUGACAGUGAAAGAAAGGAUCUCUAUGACUACUUUUCUCCUAAACACAGUGAAAAAAAGACUGUGACCCCCAGGGGCCCUCUCUUACUAAACUACCAUGAUACUCUGGCUCAACGGUUGCACUUCCUGGAGGUCCAAGAGGGCUUAAAUCUAGAAAAGAUUGAGUAUGAAAUGUUGGACAAACUGCCUCUUGCAGAACUUCUCCAGUUCACCCUUCCUUUACCUGAGGACAACUCUAAACACUUGGCUAGAGUUCAUGAGCUCAUGCAUUAUUGUACCAGUGAACUUCUGAGCUGGGCUGAAGUAGAAAGAGCCUUCAAAGUGUUUACUUUUGAAAGCCUGAGGCUGACUGGGCUGAAUGACUCUGGUCUCCUGGAGAGCACUGGAUCCAUGGUGAGAGGUGAUUCUGAAGUGUCUUAUAUGCCCUGGGAUGAUCCAGCCAGGUUUGCAAGACAGCUGAGACAACUCUUCCUUAUGGAAAAGAAGCUUAAUGGGAAAUCUCCAAGAGGCUCUGGACAUACAGAAACAAAUGACAAAGAUGGAAGAAGUGAUCUGGCUGAUCCUGUUUUAAAUAAAGAACUGGAUCUUUCUAUUUCUGAAAUGGUGAGUCCGGAAAAUUAUGGCCUAGAACUAAACUUAGCAGAAAUAAAAAAGACUCAGAGGCGUUGUUUGACAGACUGGAUUUUUGCUGAGCAUUUUCAACCACAUGUCCUUCUUCAGGUUCUUCAUACUGCAACCCAGCAGUAUAGAUGUGUUGAUUCCUUCUACCAUACCCAAGAUAACUCUUUGCUUAUGGUUCUUCACAAUCCUAUGAAUCAGUAUCGUCUGUGCCAAGAGACCUGGGAUAUGGCAUUGCACUCUGAUGUUGGAUUCAGGAACUAUCUCGAGCUGGUGGCCAACUCAAUUGAAGACUGGGUGAAAGAGGAGGAAGUCAAAUACCAACAAGAGAAGAUGGCUAAAGAAAGAGAGGCUCUUACACUGGCAAAAGUCAUGGCAGAAGAACCUCUUGAAUUUUCUACAUCUGCUGUCAAAAAAAAUGGCUUCCCUAAGAAAGCCAGAAACAGCACAUCAGUACCUGAGAACAUCACAGAGACCACUCUAGAAUCUCAAUCUAACAAAGGAAAGAGUCCUUUUAUCAGAGAAGGUUCUCUUAAGGCUUGGAAGGAGGAGCAGGAUCAAUUACUAGAGGAAGAACGGCUUAAGGAAGAAAAAAAAGCAAAAAAAGAAAAGCCGGAAGGUAAAAAGAAAAGGCAGGAAACAGUAGUACCUGAAGAAAGUAAAGGUUCCAAGAAGAAAUAUUCCAAAGAGAACAUUAAAGAUGAGCCAGGAAAAGCCCCUGAACCUGAGGAGGAUUCCAGCAUCCCAGAACCACCUCCUGAGAAAGUUUAUAAGUUUCUUGGCUACAAUACAGGGGAGGAUCUCAUUCAAGUGUCAGGAACCAAUCAAUAUCUUUUCCCAUCUGAUGGAGGACAGAUUCAUGUAGAAAAGAUAGAAUUUGUAAAAGGUCUAACUCUGGUAAAGGUGAAGGUGAUAAAGGACAAUCACAAUUUCUUCAUUCAUAUCACAGACCCCAAGAAAAACUUAACAGAAAUUGAAGUGCAAGAAAUGGGUGAAGAACAGAAAACUAAAGCAGGAAAAUUGAAAAAUCAAAAGAAAACUGUGAGCAAGUUUGGAUCCUUUUCAGCCACCUUGGAAAAUGGAAUCCAGCUGUCCUUGAGCUAUUAUGGACCUACAGGGAAGACAGCAGAAGAUGAAACAGAUCCUGACUUAGCAACAGUUCUGAACAUCCCCUCUGUUCAUAUUCCAACUGUUGUUUCUUCUGCUGCUGCAUCAACUUCAGCAAAAAGCCAUAAAUCAGUCAAACAGAAAUCAGGAAAAUCCCUGCCAUCUACAAAAGGGAGCCAUAGCAAAAUAAGCCCUCCACCACCGGAAGACCUUGUAAAGCAGGAAGAAGGAAAGGUGGAAAUGGAAGAAUCAGCUUCACAAACACAAGUGACAUUGGAUUCUCUUGCUUUUCCAAGUUUGAACGUCUCCUGUCCCAAUGGGCUAGUACUAACUUUCCUUGUUGAAAGUUUUGAAGAUUUGAAAGUUGAAGCCACUACAGCUGAGGCUAAGAAAGAGGCUGGAAAGGAAAGUGAAGUCAAAGCCAAUGAAGUGAAGGAAGAGGAGGCUGAGAAAGGUGAGGCCAAAGCAGAUGAAGGCAAGGAAGGGGAGAUCAAGAAAGGUGAAGCCAAAGCAAAUGAAACCAAGGAAGAGGAGGUCGAAAAAGAUAAGGCCAAAGCAAGUGAAGCCAAGGAAGAGAAGGCUGAGAAAGACAAGGCAAAAGUGAAUGAAGCCAAGGAGGAGGAGGUCAUGGAAAGUGCAGUGAAGGAACAUGAGGUUACAGAAGAUGAAAUGAAGCAAGAAGACAGCAAAAGAGAAGAGGCCAAGAAGCCUACUCUGGAAAUUCUGGUUAGGCAGAGUCAUCCCCAAAAGAUAAAACACUCUCAUCUAUAUGCAACAGUGGUAAAGCAAGAGGUGUCAAGAAUCAUCACCAGUCAAGGAACUGUCAUAAAGUAUAUGAUGGAUGGAUCUACCCAGAUUCUGUUUGCUGAUGGCACAGUGAGUACAAGUCCUGAUUCUGGCCCUGUCCUACCACGACCUGUAAUUCCAGAUAACACCCAACCAUUACCAGAAUCAGAGCCUUUGCCUGAGACCAGCACUAAGAAAGGAAAGGGCAGCCACAGAAACAGUUUGUCACACCCAAACAAGGAUGAGUUGUUUGAAAAUGCUGUUAAUAUUGAGCAACCUAAGGAGAACAAGUCAGGAACCUGGAUAACAACAACCCCUUCAGGCUUUCAAGUGGGCACUGAGGAAGCAAAGCGAAUGGAUCUAAAGCCACUCUUAAUCUACCAGGCAACUGACCCAGCUGAUGGAACGAUUAUGACUGUACGAGACGAUGCAGUGAUAAUGGUUGAGAAGCUGGAUGGCAGCAGAGUAGUAGAUCAUGCUGAUGGUACCAGAAUCACCACUUUUUAUCAAUAUUGUGAAGAACUUUCUGUACCUCAGGAUAGUGAAGACACAGAUGAACCCUCAGAAGCUAUUACAAGAAAGGUGAAAUGCAUGCGAGUGGAGAAUCCUGAGUUUGCUACUGUUAUAACAAAUUGUGAGAACAGUACCUGUUGUACCAUCUUUGGAGAUGGGACAUCUAUUAUAGCAAAGCCACAGGGAACUUAUCAGGUUUUACCCAUGAGGAGAGGCUCCCUCUUCAUUGAUGAAGAUUGUUCAGCAGUUUAUACCCAUGAAGUGUACAAUAACAAAUUCAUCAAGCAAGAAGGGAAGCAAGCAGGGAGUUAUGUUAUGAAACACACUUCAAGCACUAUUUGUGAGAUGAUGGAUCCUGAAGGAAAUAUUUUCAAGGUCAUGGCUGAUGGCAGGACAUCUGUAUUUGUUCCUAGCAUUGGCUUGGAUGACAAGGAAGACAGAAGUUCAGCAUCAAUAUUGCCAGAAAUUAAUGAACAUAUCACUUGUGAUGAGCAUGUCCCCAGGUUCUUUGUUGUCUAUGCUGAUGGUUCUGGGACUGAACUCCUUCAAAGCAGGGAUGUAGAAGAGUAUCUUGCUGAGGCCUGUAGUGAUCUAGCUACUGCUGUCUUGCAGGACCCUGUACAAGAAAGUCCAGGUGUUUUAAGUAUUACUAUCCUCCGCCCUUUGGUUGAAGCCUCCCCCUGGAUAAUGAAUAAAGAACCGGAGAGUAUUAUUCCUCCAAAUCUUCAGUCAAGGAGCUGGGAUACGUUUUCUCCUUUUGAGAGGAAGAUCACAGGUCCCCCAGGCAGAACACAUACUUGGAAGGGUCUCUGCAUUGGAUCCAAAGAGCAGACCUGCUUGCCAAUACCUGUGCGAAAAUGUCCUAAUAAACUGCAAAUCCGUCAGCUGUUCCAGUAUGAGCCACUGUGCGAUGAACUAAGAGAAAAGCUGCAGCUUUCCCUCAAGGAAUACAUAGACAUCAUUUUGAAGCAGGAAAAUGAGCUGCAAGAGAUGAAUGUAAAAGAACCAAGAGCAGAAAAGGAAAAGGAGAAGGCUGCAGAGCUCCUUGAACGAGUCAUGUCCUUCCCUAACUUGGAGAAGUCAUCCAAAGAUCUCAGCACAAGAGCUCACGUAGCCGAGUUAUAUGAACAGGCAGUGGCUUUUCAGUUCCAGUGCCCCACAGGGAACACAGUCUCUAAGCAGCCAAAGGACCACUGGCAGAUGUUCAGCGCAGAAGGACUAACCCCAAUGUCUAAGUGGCAGAGCAGACUAGAAGAGCACAGGAAGGAACUUAAUGAAGGAAAGAAGUGCUUAAUAGCGCUAAGAAACAAAAUAAUUCCUCCGUAUUUUGAGUCGGAAUUUGGCAAGGAAUUUCUUCUGAAAAAGUUUCCUGAUGUGGAAGCACUGUCUAAGGAAAUUCCUCCAGUUCCAAAAAAGGAAAGUGGGAAUCCGCCUCUACAGAUGAUCAAAAACCCCAUAAGAGCAUCUGAAUAUCUCAAUACCAUGAGCGAUUCCUCACCUUCACCUGGUUUUCUGCUACAGACUCGUUCACAGCAAAGCGAAGGUCCCAGCAGUCACUCCUCAACAGACCUAAACAAGGCUGCAAGAUCACAUGAGACACCCUUUAGACCUAAAAUUCAGAGUCUGCUGGUGAAUGCUGCAGGGCAGCCAAGAAAAGAGAAAGUGGAAUUACCACCAUCCCUCCAGGGGAGCAAGCCCAACUCCAUACCAAAUAAAAAGGUAUACGAUCCUGUUGGGGGAAAGGUCAACACAUCUUCUCUUGCAACAAUGAAACAGCAUCUUAGUGCAUUCCAUCUCAUUCCACCUAAUGUGAUGUUUGGCAUACUGAAGGAAGGCUGCACCUACACUGCCACUGUGAUCCUGAAGAAUGUUGGGGUGAACUUCUCAAGGUUUCGGGUGAAGCAACCACCUCCACACACAGGACUGAGAGUGAUGUACACACCAGGACCUGUGGCAGCAGGUUUGCACGUUGAACUGGAGAUAGAGAUUUUUGCCAUGGCAAUUGGAGGGGAAGAUACUGAUGGCCUUGAAGAAAUUUCCCAUCAUAUUGAAAUAUUAACAGAAGCAGAGACUCUUCUCCUUCCUGUGAGGGCAAUUGUGUUAACCAAUGACAUUUAUGAGCACCGCCCACAAGGAUACCCCCAGGGUGGGAUGGCAGCAACAGUCCGGCUGAUUUCUACGAUUCCCAAGGCCCAGUUCCAGAUUACACCACCCCAAAAGCUUUCUAGUUAACGUCAGAGCCCUGGAUGAAUGACAUAAGGAUCAUC